CAAAAGAGCAAUAUGAUCCUUAACUCCUCUACUGAAGAUGGAAUUAAACGAAUUCAAGAUGACUGCCCAAAGGCUGGCAGGCACAAUUACAUUUUUGUCAUGAUCCCUACACUCUACAGCAUCAUCUUUGUGGUGGGAAUAUUUGGAAACAGCUUGGUGGUAAUUGUCAUUUACUUUUACAUGAAGCUGAAGACUGUGGCCAGUGUUUUUCUUCUGAAUCUCGCCCUGGCUGAUUUAUGCUUUUUGUUGACUUUGCCACUGUGGGCUGUCUAUACCGCUAUGGAAUACCGAUGGCCCUUUGGCAAUCACCUUUGUAAGAUCGCAUCAGCCAGUGUCAGUUUCAAUCUUUAUGCCAGUGUGUUCCUGCUCACCUGUCUCAGCAUCGAUCGCUACCUGGCCAUUGUCCACCCAAUGAAGUCUCGCCUUCGCCGCACAAUGCUCGUGGCCAAAGUCACCUGCAUCAUCAUCUGGCUGCUGGCUGGUUUGGCCAGUUUGCCAGUCGUCAUCCACCGAAAUGUAUAUUUCAUUGAGAACACCAAUAUCACAGUUUGUGCUUUCCAUUAUGAAUCUCAGAACUCAACCCUCCCCAUAGGGCUGGGCCUGACUAAGAACAUUCUGGGCUUCCUGUUCCCUUUUCUGAUCAUUCUCACCAGCUAUACUCUAAUUUGGAGAGCCCUAAAGAAGGCUUACGACAUUCAGAAGAACAAGCCAAGAAAUGACGACAUCUUUAGAAUAAUUAUGGCGAUUGUGCUUUUCUUUUUCUUUUCCUGGGUUCCCCACCAAAUAUUCACUUUUCUGGAUGUGCUCAUUCAGCUGGGCAUUAUUCAAAACUGUAAAAUCGCUGACAUCGUGGACACUGCUAUGCCUAUCACCAUCUGCAUAGCUUAUUUUAAUAAUUGCCUGAACCCUCUGUUUUACGGCUUUCUGGGGAAAAAAUUUAAAAAAUAUUUCCUCCAGCUUCUGAAGUACAUUCCUCCAAAGUCCAAGUCCCACUCAGGCCUGUCAACAAAGAUGAGCACUCUUUCCUACCGCCCUUCAGAUAACAUGAGCUCAUCUUCCAAGAAGCCUGUGUAUUGUUUUGAGGGGGAGUGAGAGGUUCAAAGCCUGCUGGUGAAGUGAUCGCCUGACAGAAGAAGCCAGAGCAGCAUUUGGCUAGACAGCUCACUACCAAAGAAAUGUUCAACCCCCACCCCUUUCAGAGUUGAAGCAGAAAAUGGAUUUGGUGGACUAUACAUGCUUUCUAAAGCAAUGAACAAAAGCCUUUCUUUUCCCUUAGAAUGAAUAGGAGCAAAGACACUAUUCACCA